AUGGACCCUCUGCCUAAGAACAUAUUUUCUAUAUUCAUCCAAAACCAAUUCCGCACCACAAUUGACCUUCCGACCAAGGAAAAAUACCUUGAGGUCGAGGGUAGAUGUGCAGUUGUAACGGGCUCAAACACAGGACUGGGGUUCGAAGCAUCGAGGCAGCUCCUGUCUCUUGGAUUGUCGCAUCUUGUGAUGGGAGUGAGGUCUCUCGCGAGAGGAAAAGAAGCGGCGGAUAAGCUUCAAGCAGCGAAUCCUUCUGCCAAGAUCGAUGUUUGGCAGCUCGAUAUGGAGUCAUAUAAAUCUGCUCAAGCCUUUGCUCAAAAGUGCGACGAAGGACUUCCUCGCGUCGAUAUCGCCAUCUUGAAUGCCGGUGUCUUCUCAGCAAAUUUCUCGAGUGUCGCAGAAACUGGGCACGAAAAGACCAUGCAAGUCAAUCACUUUGGCACGGCAUUACUGACGCUUCUGCUGUUGCCUAUUCUGAAGCGAAAGCCAGUUGGAAAAGAACCACCACGGCUUAUAAUCGUCAAUUCACUCACCGCUCAUAUGUGCAAGGUACCCAACAGAGAAAUACGACCAUUCCUACCAUCAUUUGAUGAUACUACAGUGCUCCCUUUCGAUAUGGAAGAACGAUAUGGAGUCUCCAAAAUGGUGAACCAAUUGUUCAUUGUGGAGCUAGCUGGAAGAGUCAAACCUCAAGACGUGAUUAUCAAUAUGGUUGAUCCAGGCCUUACAAAGGGCACCGGGCUUGCUCGCGAUGCGAAUUGGCUGGUUCAAAUCCUAAUGAAGUUGUUCCUUGCCGUGGCGGCAAGGCCUUUGGACAGGGGAGCAGCGUCGUAUCUCGAUGCUGCCUUUGGACAUGGUGAAGAAUCUCAUGGUUGUUUCCUCAUGAGCCUUAAGGUUAGCCCGUAA